ACAAGGCUCAUGUAUUCAAAGAAGAAUUUCAUGAAACAGUUUUUCAAUAUGUCCUAAAGUUUGUAACUCAAUGUCCCCAGUGCUAAGCUGCCAUGAUUGUUACAUGGCAACAUUUGAUUAAAAUAAUAAUAGUGGUUCAGUUAAAUUACGCAGUAGGCCUAAGUCCAGUGCACAAAGUAGCAAAUCCCAGAGACUGGAAGAUUGUGGAGUCUCUCGCCGAAGAAUAUCCCUAUAUUGUCGCGUUACUGAAUGCUAGCAAAGACUAUAUGUGCACAGGUAUCAUUGUUAACAAGAAAACAGUGCUCACCUCCGGAAGCUGUAUCGACCCGGAUCUGUACUACAUAGCCGUCGGAUCGGCCGUUCUGAGCAAAAGCAUCAACAACAACAGCCUAUUCGAAAUCGCUGCAACUAGGAUCCACUCGGAUUACGUAUUCGAUUUGAGGCCGUACGAUCCUAACGUCACUCGAUUGCACAGUAACAUUGGCUUAGUUUUUUCUGUACGCUCGGAGUUGGAAGCUUACAUCCCACACGCUGAUCUAGGCAACUACUACGCGUCGGAGCUGCAGGAUAAAAACGUGAAGGUGGUUGGCUACGGGAAGAUUAGUACGUCUAACAUGUACGUUUUACAACAUCAGGCUUACCACCAAACGCCGUGCAUGAAUCCUAAGUGGUAUUAUUGUAUUUGCGGGUACGAAUAUUCGGCGUACAGUAAAACUUACGAGCAAGAAUUUGGGAAAGGCGCUCCUGUUUUCCUUAGACGCGAAGUAAUAGGUGUUGCUGCUUCCCCGUGUGGGGCUAUGGAGCUUCCUGACGGCAUAAAGUACAAUAUUUUCACAGUCAUCGGACCCUAUAUGUCGUGGAUACAAAAAGAACACCCAAACAUAACGAAACCAAUAGUAUUCCGUACUAGAAAUAGAGCACAUAGCUCUACAGGGCGUUGCGGUAUUUAUAUUUUGUUUAUAAUUAGUAAAGUAAUAUAUUAAAAAUG